GCUUCGAGAAGCAGAACGACGACGCACAGCACAGUUUCGUUGAUACACGGACGGACAACGACGCAGCAAUUACGACACCCGUCCCGCGGCCCUAGACCUGAAGCUGGAACUAUUGGGAGCCUCAUUGCAAGUGCAUCAAGACUCGGACGACUGGUUCGUCCUCUCUUUUGCGACCUUCUCCUUACCGUUCCAUCCCGCCUUGGCCGCCAACACUGCUAUCGCUGUCUCCGCCAGCUUCGCCUCGUCGACAACGAUGUUCUUCAAACACAAGAUGCACGUCUUGGCGGGGCAAGAGACAAUAUCAUCCGUGGCACCCUUACCUUGGCGGUUGUGGAUUGGCGACGACAGACAACGGACGGACGACCUUUGGGUGGGAAGAAGGUAAAAGUGAGGCAGUAA